AUGCAACUCGUUUGUGAACAUGUCCCUAUAUCCACUCCACGCAUUCAUAACUUGUUUUUCGACGAUCGGCACAUGUAUAUCGUUAUGGACUACGUCGACGGAGAAGAUCUCAUUACGCUCUGGCCGAAACUAUCUCUAUGGAGGAAGCUGUAUGUCGUAUGGACGAUCCGCAGGUACAUCCAGAAGCUGCGCGCUUGGCGACCUCCGAAACCGGACAUCCCGGGACCCAUCGACGCCAGUGGCGAACCAGUUGACUGUGAAUGUCCCCAAUUCGGCGAAUGGCCUCAAGGCCCCUUUGCCAAUUACUCUGAACUGUGUGCCUGGUUCGAGCAUGUUCGCGCUCUGACCGUGGAUAUGGCCAAGCACCGAUUUCAUCAUGAGAUUGACGAGAAGAAUCUCCCCCACUUCGACCGGUCGACGCCUUUGGUCUUCUUCAUACAUGGGGAUAUCAGCAUGCGGAAUAUCCGCGUCUCGAAAGACGGCACUGUUUGGCUCCUCGACUGGGGUUUCUCGGGGAUGUAUCCACAGUGGUUCGAGUACGUGGGCAUGAUGAAAUACAGAGCGUGGAUAGAUCCACAUCCCUGGCUAUGGAUGUUCUGCAUCCCGUUCAUGGCUGGCUGGUAUCACAAGCAGGCUUCAUUCCUUGACAAAAUCCGCAUUGGUUUACAAAACCCGUUUUGGAGGAUCACGCCUGUGAAGGCACCCGAUAACAGGGGCGGAGAAUGA